CGACUUUGCCUUCAGGUCUUUAAAUGUCACUUUUACACGAGGACUUGAAGGGGCGGUUUUAAAAGCCACCGCCGUCUUGAAGUUUGACGGAUUGCGCAAAAUUCGGGUUUCGCGUCCGGAGCGCAGCAGGUACAGCGAUCAUGUUGUGUCCGAACCUCCUUGGGGGGGGGAAAAAGAUACCGUGUAUGUGACAGUUUACCUUACCUGGGGGGCCGAGUAGCGCAGGCUGCCUUUGAAAUGAGCCCCAAGCUUAAACAUUAGACCUUACUCUGGUAUAAAUAUUAAUACCAGAGUAAUUACAUCAGAUAUAUUUUAAUUUUGUGACAUAGUCACACAUCCCCGUGUUCCAGUGCAGUAUUUAUGGACUUUCCGUGACCAUGAUUCCAUAAUCAUGGGCUCUGUGGUCUGGAAAAAAGGUUCUAAAACCUGUGGUCUAGAUGUGGGACCCGGUGGAUGUGGUGCUACAGUUUGCAGAAGUGGUACAUUUAUCCACACUGAAGUAUUAAUGUAAAUGAAUCUAAAAGUGGGAGCUCUUCUUCACGCUACAGUUAUAUUUGUACAGUAUUUGAACCCACAUUGAUUAUGCUGCAGUCUUUCCAAAGCAUAUCUGAAGUGUCAAAGUGCACAUUGUAGCGCAACGUGUAACGAAACGACGUAUAGCUGGACUGUCUUGUGCUGUCAGUUUGCCCGGUUCCUAUCAGCUGGACCGUGAUCCGGUGCAAUAAUGAACAGAUCCUCAUUGCUGUUGUAAAACACCGCAGAAACAAAGUGUCAAAGCAGCCCAAAGUGACCUUUAUCUAACGAAAAGUGACAUAUUGGCAAUAACUGAUAGCUUGUCAUUACUGUCAUUAUUAUUGUUGGUUUGGAAAGUGACAUUGAAAUGUGUAAUUUUUGGUGUACGUGAGUGGAAAAAAGUCCACUCGCUUUUCGCAUGCAGGAGAACUGUGGGAACCGUGAGAACCGUGAGCAGCUGUGAGCCUCAUGUUGCUGUCCUUACCUGUCCGAACCUGCGCGCGAUUUCAACCCAACAUGAAGGUCUUCAAAGUCAGGCCACGAUCCAAAAUAGGUUGUGUUAUAGUCGUGUUCCUGCUGAUUUCUGUUGGAUUCCUUGGUCGUUUUCUCAUAAGGUUUGUCCAAGAGUUGGUGGCCAUGGGUAAAUGCCCUUUGCCUGCCAAUGAGAAGUUAAAGUCUGGGACUCAUAUUGACAACUCUCUAGAUUUAUGGUCCAGAAUCGAUGUUCAGACAUGCACCUACUGGAGAGCACCUAUCAUGUGGGAGGGGAUGUUUGACCCACAAGUCUAUGACAGAUACCACAGUAAAAAGGGCACCUCCGUCGCGCUCACCGUGUUUGCUGUCGGAAGGUACCUGGAGGUCUACCUGCAAGAUUUCCUUACCUCUGCAGAGAAGCACUUCAUGACAGGUUUACCUGUGACCUACUACAUUUUCACAGACACACCAAAGUGGGUGCCUACCAUCCCUCUGGCUUUAGGACGGACCAUGAAGAUCAUAGAGGUAGAAGGACAUGAUCGCUGGCAGGACAUCUCCAUGUCGCGCAUGAAGAGUAUUGCAGACGUCAUAGAGUCGCACAUCCGACACCGGAACCAGUACGUCUUCUGCUUCGAUGUGGACCAGACUUUCGUGGGACGAUUUGGCUCCGAGGCGCUCGGAGACACGGUGGCCCUUCUGCAUGCAUUCUACUACCACCGCUACCAGAAGGAGUACAGCUACGACCGCAACCCCAAGUCAGUGGCGUACAUGGAGAAGGGCGACUUCUACUACCAUGCCGCCAUCUUUGGGGGCACAUGGCAGGGGGUAAAGAACAUAACCGAAAGCUGCUACCAGGGAAUUGUGAAGGACAAGGAGAAUGAAGUGGAGGCACUGUGGCAUGACGAAAGUCACCUUAACAAGUACUUUUGGCUACACAAGCCUAGCAAGAUACUGUCCCCCGAGUACUGCUGGUCCACCCUGAUCGGCUACCGCUGGGACAUCCACGUUCAUCGCCUGCUGUGGGCGGAAAAAUAUUACACAAGACUCCGAAGAGAAGACAAGUUGAGCACUAAAGGGAAAGAGGUCCCCGAAGCGCAGUGAUGAGUGUAAUAGCAUUGCAAAAAACAAGUAGGUGAAGAGUUGUUGUAACUUUAAGAAUGUGGUGAUGUCAACACAUUGAUCCAAUACUUGGAUCAGGUCAUCAUUCAGGGCGAGAACCCCAUGUCCUUCCAGAGCUGGCACAGCUCUGGGCUUUGAGUGAGUUGUAUCUUGUUUAUUCUGCACUUUCGAGAUGUAGAUUGCAGGCCAUGAGAGAAUUACAUAUUAAUUUCUUGCAGGAACACAAAGGGGGAUAUCUCACCUGAAAUGCGAUCACUGCAGCCCUAAGACUACUGAAUGUAAUCCCACCACUUGAAUGCCUUCUCUGUGAUUUGAUUCCACUGCAGUCAUUUUUCUUUACAGAAUAAACACACAUUGCCAUUUAUGGAAAAUAUGUCCUUUAUUUCAGUUUUGUCAUUGACAUGAUUAGUCCACGCUAAACAUACCAUAGCUCUGACACAUUUGGGAGGGGGGGAUAAGUCAAAUUAGUGUCCUUUUAGAAGCAUGGAACUUCAGGCAAUGAAUAAAAAUACUGUUUGGGGAAAAUGCUCAAGUAUUGUUCCUGAAAAAAGCUGUGAAUGCACAGCUGACCUGUCAAAAUCAGGACUCGCCGGGAGCAGUCAAAGUGUGGUUGUCCAUUGUGAAUGCGGAGACCGCGAUACGGAUCAGGUGCUACUUGGUGUCAUGCUGUCAUUGCAAGGCCGACAUCUCCUUUCGUAGCUCUGCUUUGCCUGCAUCCGGCAUGAUUUGCUUAUGAGGACGACAUUGCAGUAAAAUGCUCACGCAAAUGUGUAGAAAAA